AUGAAGAGGAAAUGCCAGGACUACGAGUCCAGAUUGCCAGACAACACUGCGAUGAAGCAGCAGCAGUUGCCUGCCUUCCGGCUCCAGCUCUCAGCCAAUGAAAUCCUCUCUGGCUUUUUUGCCAUAGGGCUAUUCUGCCUUGGCAUGGGCAUCAUCCUUCUGUUGUCUGCAAAGAGCAUCAGGGAAGUAGAGAUUAAUUAUACAGAAAAAUGUGCAACUUGUGCAAAACUGCGGGAAGAUGCCACUAAUUUUGACAAAGAAUGCAACUGCUCUAUUUCCUUUUACCUUCCACAGAAAAUGGAGGGUAAUGUUUAUCUGUACUAUAAACUGUAUGGCUUCUAUCAGAACCUCUAUCGGUAUAUUCUGUCCAGAAGUAAUAUCCAGCUGGUGGGUACAGAUGUAAAGGAUGUUAGAAACUGUGCUCCAUUCAAAACCUCUGACAAUGGGCUCCCCAUUGCUCCUUGCGGUGCGAUUGCCAACAGCAUGUUCAAUGACACCAUUGUUCUUUUGUACAACUUUAAUUCAUCUACACAUAUCAGAGUCCCAAUGGUAAGGACUGAAACUGCAUGGUGGACAGACAAAUAUGUCAAGUUUCAAAAUCCAACUUUCCAAAAUCUUUCUAGUGCAUUUGCAGGAACUGCAAAGCCUCCGAACUGGCCUAAGCCUGUCUAUGAACUAGAUGAAAAGGACCCAGGGAACAACGGCUUCGUCAAUGAUGACUUCAUCGUGUGGAUGCGGACAGCCGCCUUUCCCAAUUUCAAGAAACUGUACCGCCGACUCCAUCAAAUAGGCAAUUUUACCGAAGGCUUACCUGCUGGUAGCUAUAGUUUCAUCAUAAGCUACAACUUUCCCGUAGGCAGGUUCCAAGGACAAAAAGCAGUUGUUCUUUCCACCCUGACGUGGAGUGGAGGCAGCAGCCUUUUCUUAGCCCUCGCCUAUCUGGUGACCGGAGCUGUGACUCUGUUGGCCUCCUUUUCCAUGAUGGCAGUUCACCUGAAGCUGAAAGAAAGGAAAACGUUCUUCCUCCAGUAG